AUGGCCAAGAUCUCGAGCUGGCUCGCCUUGUCAAUAUGGGGAGUCGCCGCCGCCUCGGGGCAGGGCCUUCAUGAGCUGGCGGUCAACAGCGGGAAGUUAUUGUUCUUUGGCACGGCGACGGACACGAACCUAUUUAAUGAUGCGGCGUACAUGGACAUUCUCAACAGAAGGGGCGAGUUCGGACUCGUCGUGCCCGAGAACAGUGAAAAAUGGGAGGCAACGGAGCCAACAGAGGGACGAUUCCAAUUCAAUAACGCGGAUAUGGUGCUGGGCCUCGCGCAAGGGAACCAGCAGAUGUUUCGGUGCCAUGCGCUCACAUGGCACUCACAGCUGCCGCAGUUUGUUUCGAGUGGCACGUGGACACCAGAAACUCUUACAGCCGUCAUCGAAACCCACAUUGCAAACGUUGUCGGCCACUUCAAGGGCGCCUGUUACUCCUGGGACGUCGUCAAUGAGGCUCUCGCCGACGAUGGCUCCCUCCGCAAAAGCGUGUUCUCGCGCGUUCUUGGCGAGGACUUCAUUCCUAUCUCUUUCAGGGCCGCGGCGGCCGCAGACCCGGAUACGAAGUUGUAUUACAACGACUUCAGCAUCGAAUUCAACUCCAAAAAGACGGAUGGCGCCGUCCGGAUCGCGCAAGAUCUGCUGGUCGCCGGGGUUAGGAUCGACGGAGUCGGGCUCCAGUCGCAUUUCGAGGUCGGCAAGACGCCUUCGCGCAGUGUACUCUCCAAUGUUUUGAGCCGGUUCACGGACAUGGGGCUCGAGGUUGCGCUGACGGAGCUGGACAUUAGGCACAGCAAGGUGCCAGCCGAUAACAAUGCGCUGCAGCAACAGGCAAAGGACUACGCGAGCGUCGUGCAGACGUGCGUAGAAAAUGCAAAGUGCGUCGGCAUCGUGGCAUGGGAGUUUACGGACAAGUAUAGUUGGAUCCCGAAGACGUUCCCGGGGACCGGAGACGCGUGCUUGUUCGACAUGAACAUGCAGCCCAAGCCGGCGUAUGCGGCUGUGGCCGAGGUGUUGCAGAACGCCGCCGCGACAAGGAACGGAACCGCACAGGUUGCGUCGAUCGGUGCGUCCGGUGUCGGAACCGGUGCCGGUGCCGGCACCGAUGGCGGAGCGUCUUUGUCUGAAGUCCAGGAUGGAGCUGUGGCCGCUGCGGAGGUAUCGCACUCACCUUCCGCUUCGGGUACAGGGCGAUUCGACCCCCUGUCGAGCAUCGCGCCAUUGUUGGCCAGUUUUGCACUUGUCAUGUGCUUGCUGGUGUUGUAA